CGUGUCGGUAUUUCCAGAUUUUGUUGGCAAAGCGACCCGCCCUUGCUGAGCACAAGGAAUGGGAGAACUGCUACACGAACACAUUCGUCACAGUUUCUUAACCUCGGGCGGAAGAAGCACGAAUAUCAUGGAAUKCAACGUUCCACAAAACACAAACCAAACAGGUAUAGCACUCGUUCUUCUUCGGCACAACAUAGAUACCAAAUCCACUUCUUGAAAAAGUACAACCAAGAUGCAAUCCACUACACCAAUCAUGGUGGUGUUCCUUUCGGUCUUGGUUUUGGCCUUGGUCAACACAGGAGAAUCUUUCCAGGCACAGAUCCAAGUCGGAAACAGUAGAUCAACGCAAAUGGAGCUUUUUGGAAAGAGAGCGAGAAUCGCGAAAAAAGUAAAGAAGAUCMUGGGGAAAGACAACGGCAAUACAAUUGCAGUGGUAGAGCCCGAAGCCAACUUUCCCACCGRAAAAAAGAUCAAACUCUCGAAUGGGCGGGCCAAGGAUCUCGCAAAGAAGUACAAAGAUAUCGACGACGUUGGCGAAAGAGCAUUUCAGAUUCUUUUGGAUUUGAACAUGGUCGGAAGAGCAUAARGAAUCAAUGACUUCCUUGUCCUUUGGUUUGUGACCCAACGACCASUUCCCAUCUUGACUUGCGAGAAUUACUAGUGCAUCCACCACGACAUUUCGGAUUGAGCGCCUCAUACUGCGGAGAGAUGUGUUGACAGGAGAUGAUGUACUGUGUUUCAUGCCGCACAAUUGUUAAUAAGUUUCGGAGGCAGCAAUGGGUCAUAUUUGUAUGCACUUACUGUAAUCUAAUUUAUAGAUAAUUUCGACAACGGAUGCUCUAUUUAGUGCAUGACUGCAAAUAGCCCUACAGUUUGUUCCGUGCUUUGAUUCAUUUACAGUAAURGGCCUUAUUUUUUUUACUUGUGUGAUCGAGUACAAUCCUGUAUGCUUACUCUAAUAUGUCUUUCAUCAGAUCCAGUAGCUCUUUGUCCUGCGCACCAAGUUCGUCUCCACUAUCAGUAGCUCCCUUCAUGACAUCAUCUAUACUCGAACCGAAGGCCUCCUUGAAUUGCUUUCUAACCUCUGCUAGCUCUGAAUCUGGAAGGGCUCCCGAAUCCUUCAAAUCCUUCAAUGCUCGAAGCAUUUCUUUGAGCUGCUCCGGAUCCGGUUCUUCGCCGUCACCCAUGCCCGGCAUGCCCAUUGCGCCCAUGUCACCCAUGCCUUUCAUCAUCUCUUCCAUACCGGCAGGCAUUUCUCCGCCCUUCAUCAUUUCCAUCAUGUUCUUCUGCAUAGCCUUCAUCAUA